CUGCACCUCGUGGUGUGUGCAGGGCUGUGCUCCGGGCCCCUGUCGCCCCGUAUAAAACAGCGGGGGUUCGCAAUGGCCGGCAGAGCAUUUAGUUCCGCCGAACGGGAACAGCAUCGAGCGUGCUCCACACAUCCUGCGACAUGAAGUUCAUGGUGGUAGGCGUUAUGUUGGUGGCGCUGGUGGCCGCGUCCGACCAAGGCAAGAAGGACAAGCGCGGCGUGUACGGCGAGGCCCUCGGGUACGACGCGGGCCUCGGUCUGUCGGGGAUCAACAGUCUGGCCGCCAUCCCCGCUCCCUCCUACGGGGUCCCCGCCGCUCCGGCCUACGGACUACCCGGCUCGGCCUACGGCGCGCCCGUGGAUGCCUCUAUUCAAUCCGUCCUGGUCGAAAAACAAGUGGCCUACGGCAUUCCUCAGCCCUACCCCGUGCCCAUUGAGAAGCCCGUCCCGUACGCCGUCAAGGUCCCCUUCGCCGUGCCCUUCGACCGGGAGGUGCCCGUCCCCGUCGACCGCCCGUACCCAGUGCCCGUCAUCAAGCACGUCCCCGUCGACAGGGAGGUGCCCGUCCCGGUGGACAGGCCGUACCCAGUGCCCGUCAUCAAGCACGUGCCAUAUGAGGUGAGGGUGCCCGUCAAGGUGCCCGUCAUCAAGCACGUCCCGUACCCGGUGGAGAAGAUCAUCAGGGAGCCCGUGUACAUCGAGAAGCACGCGCCCCCACCACCAAUCAAGAUCAUCGUGCGCAAGACCACCGGCUGGAAGCUGGGAGGCGGUCUGGGCCACCUUGGCGGAGGCUGGGACUAGGUUACAGGGGGCCACUCGGGGUGCGAGAACCACUUCGAAGAGAUCCGAACCCUUAAUGCCUCAUUCAUUAUGAGAGAUUGUAAAUCCAAUUGAUAACUACAAGCAUUGAUUGGUUCGUGUCUCCUCUCGGUGCUUCGUGCGUGCUCUGACCUCAAAAUUAGCCUAACUCCUUUGUUAUCUUUUUUCUUUAAGUUUUGUUACAAACUACACUGGAGGUGGUGCAGAGAAGAAACAAAAGGACCAUGAUUUGUCGAGUGGCUGACCCCAACCACAGCAGUGGGGUAGACCAAGUGACCAUUCAUUGGCCCUUUAGUUUUUUCAACGAGUACUCGCUGCACUACCGCCGGAAUCACCCAUUGUUGUUGUCCUUGUGGUGUUAACAGCCAUCCUAGUCACUACAUCAUCAACACAUCUCUACCACCAUGUCAUGCUUCAUACGUAAUAAUAAAUACAUGUACAUAACUUUUUAAAAUGUGA